AAUUUCAGUGAUUCUGAGCUAACCACAGUUACCGUUUUUCUAUAUUCGGAGUUCAUCAAUGGCGGGAACCAUCCAAACCCUCAUUUUCACGCCAUUAACCACCAAAUCGCUUUUCUUUCGUUACCGAAUCACACGUUCUCCUCCCAGUCACUCUAUCUCACUCACCAGCUCCGUCGUUUCUCACCGCAGAAGCUUCAUUUCGAGACCCAUCAGAGCUUGCGAUGCUUCCAAUCAGAAAGAAGGUAACGGGAAAAAAGCUAAAGCUGAUCAAGUAUCAAAUUCAGCUGAUGGGUUACUCUGGGCAAGACCAUUAUUGAGUUUUGCUUCAACAAAUUUUCUUCCAUUAGCUCUUUUGGGUGGAGUAGCAUUAGGCCUCGGAUGUCCUAGUAUAGGUUGUCUUGCUAAUAGAUAUUCUCUCUCAAAGUUUAGCACAUUUGGGAUAUUUAUUGUCUCAGGGUUGACAUUGCGUAGUGCAGACAUUGGUGCCGCUGGAGAAGCAUGGCCUGUGGGACUUCUUGGGCUAAUCUCUAUUUUAUUGUUUACCCCAUACUUUUCAAAGAUAAUACUACAUCUUCAGCUUCAACCUCAAGAAUUUGUUACAGGGCUAGCUUUAUUUUGUUGCAUGCCAACUACUUUAUCGAGUGGUGUAGCACUUACUCAACUUGCUGGAGGGAAUUCUGCCCUUGCUCUCGCUAUGACUGUGAUCUCUAAUCUAUUAGGAAUUUUAAUUAUCCCAUUUUCUAUCUCGAAAUUUAUAGCUUCUGGAGUUGGCGUGUCUGUUCCUACAAAGCAACUGCUGAAAAGUCUUGUGCUGACAUUAUUGGUCCCCUUGAUCUUGGGAAAGGUCGUACGGGAAUCCUUCAGAGGUCUUGCCGAAUUUGUUGAUCAAAAUCGUAAGCUUUUUUCUCAGAUCAGUGCCGUACUACUAAGUUUAGUUCCAUGGAUGCAAGUUAGCAGGUCAAGGUCACUGCUAUUGAUGGUUAAGCCAGAAGUUUUUCUUGUAGCUAUUGGAGCAGGAGCGGUUCUGCAUUUCAUCUUCUUAGCAUUUAAUAUUUUGGUUAUAAAGAGCCUCUCAGCUCUCUCUGGUGGUGAUCAAUCAAUUUUUGCCAAGGAGGAAAAUUCCAGUGCUUUUGUACUUGUUGCAAGCCAGAAAACUUUGCCUGUAAUGGUGGCUGUUGUAGAGAAGCUUGGAGGUGCAUUUGGUGAGUCUGGUUUGCUGGUUCUUCCUUGUGUUGCAGCACAUUUGAACCAGAUUAUUUUGGAUACUUUUCUUGUGAACUUCUGGGCCCGGAAGGACAGCUCCUCAAAGAAAUUAAAACCUUCAUAGUUGAUGAUGGAAAAUCCAGUUUACAGAACUCAGUUAUUUCAAUUCACAUUCUUUUGCAAGCCCAUGUGCUUGCACUAUUUUUAACUUUUUAUGGUUGAAAGUGGGAAAGAACAAAAGUCAGGUCACUACGUCUUUGAAAUGGUUCACUUGCAUUGCUACGGCUGCCAGUUUUGUUGUACAAUAUUAUUUUUUUAAAAGAAAAGUAGAGCAUUUGAUUUUAUAUAUAAAAAGUAUAAAAUAAGUAAAAGUUGUAGCUUAUUUCUUC